AAAUAUAUAAAAUUCAGUUCCCUUGGAUGCACUCCACAUCUUUCAUGAAUUUGCCGAUACUUCAAACACCCAAACAAACAAUCGUUUGCUUUCCGUAAUCGUCUUCUUCGUCAUCGUUUGUCUUCCUUCAAGAGUUAAUGGCUGGAAAAGUCAUUGAAAAUCGCGCAUCAACGUCCUUCGACUUUGAGAUUGUCGACAAGGAUUAUGACCACACCAUUGAUGAAUCCGCUAAUAAUAUCAAUCCAUGGAUAAACCCUGCGUCUAUUAAACUUAGACAUCGACUCGGAAGGGGCCCGUUUGGUGAUGUCUGGUUAGCAACUCGUCAUCAAGUUUCCGAAGAUCAUGAAGAGUAUCAUGAAGUGGCUGUUAAGAUGCUACAUCAUAUCAAGGAAGAUAACAUCAAGACUGUGUUGGAUAAACUUAAUGUUUUGUUUUCGAAAUCUAGAGGAUUACAAGGUGCUUGUUGGUUGCAUGGUGUUUCAGUUAUAAAUGGAAAGAUAUGUAUUAUUAUGAAGUUUUAUGAGGCGUCAAUUGGUGAUCGGAUGGCUCGUCUUAAAGAAGGGAAGUUUUCUUUCGGUGAUGUUUUGAGGUACGGGAUUGAUCUAGCUCAAGGUAUUAUGGAAAUGCAUUCGAAAGAGAUCUUAAUUCUUAACCUUAAGCCUUUUAAUAUCCUCAUAAACAACGACCGCAAAGCAAUUUUGGGCGAUUUGGGAAUCGCGUGCGUUCUUUUAGGCGUUCCAUUACCUAGUUCCGAUAUGACUAGAAGACUCGGCACACCAAAUUAUAUGGCCCCUGAACAAUGGCAACCUGACGUUAGAGGCCCACUGGCUUUUGAAACCGAUUCAUGGGGUUUCGGUUGCACCAUUGUGGAAAUGUUGACUGGUCAACAGCCUUGGUGUGGUAAAUCUAUUGACGAGAUAUAUGAUUCCGUUGUUAAACGGCAAGAAAAACCGCACGUUCCCGAUGGUCUUCCACCCGAUGUCAAAAAUGUAAUUAUGGGCUGUUUUGAGUAUGACUUCCGGAGUCGUCCUUUGAUGUCAGAUAUUUUACGUGUAUUUGAAAGCUCGAAAGAUGCGGUUUACCAUGAUGGGAAUUGGUCAAAUAUUGGUAGUAGGGGUAUUUUGGACAAAGCAAAUUUAAACGGCUAUACAGAAUGGUUUUUGUCGAAAGAUCAUCUUCAAGUGGGUGAUAUGGUUCGAUCUAGAAAGCCGCUAAACUCGUGCAAGCCCGAAAGCAUGGUUGUCCCAGAAGGGACUAUAGUCGGUUUAGACACCGACAGUGAUCAAAACGGUUACGUUUUGGUACGGGUACAUGGCAUACACGAUCCAGUUAGAGUCCACGGGUCGACAUUGGAGCGGGUCACAUUCGGGCUGGCAGCAGGGGACUGGGUCCGUUUAAAGAACGAAAAUAAAAAACACUCUCCUGUCGGUGUUCUUCAUUCUAUUACGCGUGACGGAAACGUAGCCGUUGGUGUUAUCGGGUUCGAAACUCUUUGGAAAGGUGUUUAUUCGGAUCUCCAGAUGGCAGAAACGUAUUGUCCGGGCCAGUUUGUGAGGCUAAAGUCUAACGUUUUUAGCCCGAGGUUUCAGUGGGUCGGAAAACGAGGGUGUGAAUGGGCCACGGGGCGGGUUUCUAACGUGUUACCGAACGGUUGUCUUGUCGUUAAAUUCCCUAGUAAACUAACUUUUGGCGAUGAUAACAGUUGCUUUUUGGCCGAUCCAGCUGAAGUUGAAUUGGUCUCGUUUAGUACGAGUCCUAACAUGAUGAAAAAGUAUCAACAUCUUGAGGAUUUUCACUGGGCUGUGAGACCGUUACUGGUUUCGUUAGGUUUGUUGACUGCAGUUAAGCUAGGGUUUUGUGUCCCGAAGAAAAUCGGAAAAUCGAAAAGUAACUCCGAAUCCAUGGAAACUCAGCGGGGCGGUGAUAUUGCGAAUGCGAAAUGGCUUCCUCCAAACAUGGCUAAUAUUAUUUUCAGAGAAGGGGUUACUACUACUGCUACCGCUACCACUUCCAGGUAAUUCGUGAAUUUUAAAGUUGGACCGGAAGUGUCGGUCAAAUUGGUUAUGGUAAAAUGAAAUUUGGGAUCUGGGUUUGUUUGGUUAUGGUUGAUUUUAUUAGGCUUUUGCAGUCUUGAAUCUUUCUGUAAAUAGCUGACUGGUUGGUUUUAGAUGUAUAUAGUGAUGUAGAAUAUAUGUUUUAUCAUUUACUUAUGAAUUAUGAUUGCCUUUUGGGUCUUGUUUAAUCUAAAAGAAGUCGUGUUAUUUCGUUG